UGGCGAUCGAGACGACGACAUCGACAGCGACAACGAUCCAAGUCAGUUUACAGUCCAUAAGCCAAACGCGUCUCCAACUUUGCACACGCGCUCAUCUUCAUCUCCCGCUUACAAUAGAAGGAAAUUAAGCCGCAGCACCUUUGUUAUUGUCAUCGUAGCUGUUGUUGUUGUUGUUGUUGUCGGACAGGUAGACAAAAGGAAAAGCCGACAGAUCGAUCGAACGACAAUCGCGAUCACGAUCCUCGGCAUCGCCAUCGGCAACGAGUCUUGUUGACACACGUACAAAGGGCACUUGUCAACUGAAGAAUUGAUCAACAACAUAGACAAGUAGAUGACGCCAUGACCACUUGCUCCAAUGAUGAUGAAUAGAUGGUACUCGCCAGAAACCUUUGGUGAGCCAUCAACAUUUAUCAGCCGAAGGGCCGAAGAGAAAACUUGUCAAUCUAAUGCCCUAUAUACAUAUAUAGUGGCCAGGUAAACUACGUAAUUUCCCCGCAGUCAACGGACUGAAUCGAAACUGAGUCACUGCAGCAUUGGGAUCAUUGGCCAGCGGCAAGUUGUCGCGAGACGUUCAACGAAAUUGGCUUAAGCGAUGACUGAUCAACUGUUGAGUGCUGCCGCUGAGGAUCCACCUGCUUUGAUACCCACACCGGUGGCAUUGACCGGCGCAUAUGUCGAUACGGAGUCCACGGAGCAGCCGGUGCUUCUCGAGCUGGGCGCAGCAACGCCGGCAGCAAGUCUCAACUAUACUCUGGCACCCGAUGGCCUGUUGACCUAUUCUGGUCCACACACACACAGCAUUUCCUACUCGCCCACUCUGCUGUCCGGCUAUGACAAGCAAGUUAAUCUGCCGCACAGUGUCAGCUUGAUUCCACCCACCAUUGGCAACUCCGCAUACAGCAUAAGUAUUCCUCAGACUGUUUCCAUGUGGCAUGGAGGAGGCGCCCUCGUUGACACAAAGCGCAAUGAGCUCGUUUCGGUUCCACCGCCCACCUACAUGACCUAUAGCGGUGGCGGUGCCAUAGAAGUGGAAAUUGCCAAGGAACAGAACCCCGCAUGGCGUGAGAAAGCCCUGCAAAUGGAGAAGGACUAUCGACGCACCGCCUGUGAUCGGGAACGCACCCGUAUGCGGGAUAUGAAUAAGGCCUUCGAUCUGCUCCGCUCCAAGCUGCCCAUUUCAAAACCCAACGGCAAAAAGUACUCCAAGAUCGAGAGUUUGCGCAUUGCCAUCAACUACAUUAACCAUCUGCAGGCCAUGUUGCGCGAGAAUCACGUAAUGCCCGAAACGGAUCUAUCCUCGUUCAAGUGCAGCAGCAGCUCCGUCCAUUACGAUGGUCAAUCCCAUCAUCAUCACCAUCUCUCUGGGAACUACGAUUACGAGAACAGCGCUUCAGCGGCAACGUCUUCCCAAAAUGGAUGCAAUUGGAGUGGAGGCAGCAGUAGCUCACCCAGCUAUGAGACUAAUCCCAAGGAGCAUUGGAAUACGUAGUUGUCGUAGGUCAACACAGUUUGUCUUCAAUUGCCAAAGAACUAUAAUGCAGCUAAAUUGUGUUGAAUACGGAAUUUUUGUGUUUUCGAAUUUGAAAAAUAUAUACAUAAAUAUUUGCUAUUAA